AUGGAGAUCAACAAAUUGGAGCGAUAUGUGAACUCCUUGAAGCGCGAAAUAAAGCAUUGGGAGCAUAAGUAUGAGGCAAAGAACGGCAAGAUGCCCACCACAGAUGUAAUAAAGGCGGACCCCGCGGUUUCGAUUAAGUAUAAAAAAUACCACAAGUACAAGAAGAUCUUGGAGAAGUUGCAGUCAGGCGCAUUAAGCGUUGAGCAGUGGAAAAGUCAGGAGCGACCGACAGAAAAUGCCGAGCAUGCUCCCCGUUCGCCUCUUCCUUCGUCGCCCGAAAGCGAGAAGGAAAUCGGUCCUACGCCGCAGCUCGAUGGAAGAGUCUUGGGAAUAUUCGAUAUCGAAAUCAAGGAGUCACCAACCCGCCAAACGCCCACAAAGCAAGCGAAUCCCGUCAUUGAGGUCGCGAGUCCGGAUACGUUCAAGACUCCUACGAAAAAAGUUGAGCGCAAGCUUCUCUUUCAGGAGACACCGCGUCGCGAGCGAACGGCACUUUUGCAGGAGACUCCACAGUACCUGCGAUCAGAGUCGAAUACAUCGAAUGCGAUGUUUUUUGGCAACCUGACGCCGCAGAAAAGGAGUCCCCAGGUGAUGGAUGUGUCUCCGAGGAAAGUUGUCGAGCCCAGUCCGAUCAUUCGUCGGGUCGGCAGGCGUACCCUGUACGAACUGAAUAACGAGAUUAAGGAAUUGCAACGUCAACAUAGUCGCGAUGGAGAAUAUUCAGAGGAGGUCGACGAUGAGCUCCCAGAGGACGAGAUCAAACAGGAAGACGUGAUUAUUCGCAAAAAGACAGCUAAGAGGACCACUAGGCGAGUGAAGUUGCGCACUCUCGGGCCUCAAGACGAGCAGGAUCUGCUGGAAUCUGUGGACAUACACGAGGAAAUAAGAAAAUUGCGCCAAAAGAGCGAGACAAAGGCGAUCAGCGAGGAUGAAAGCGUAAGCGAGUCCGCAAGCGAGGAAGAGGAGUAUGUGCGCAGGAAGGUAACCAGCGAAGACAAGCACACCCUGUCAGGGAAACACCCGCUAUCAAACAACUUUGUGCGCAUGAAAAUACAUAGGAAGACAAGUGGACGUUUCAAAAGACGACGAUAG